AUGUCGGCGGAGCUGCAGUGGCCCAACCCCGCCCAACGCGUGACCUUUAACGUAGCGGGUAUGACUUUCGAAGUUACCGCCCGAGUUCUGGACAGGUACCCUAAAACCUUACUCGGCUGUCCUCUGAGACUCCAACAGUUUUGGGACCCUACACGGGAAGAAUACUUCUUGGACAGACACAGACCGAGCGCCGAAGCUAUCGUAGACUUCUACAGAACUGGGAGACUCCGAAGGCCCGAAGAAGUGCCGAUUGAAGUGUUUACAGACGAGAUUAGGUUUUACCAACUUGGUGAUGACGUCAUGAGGAGAUUCAGAGCAAGCGAGGGUUUUCAACGGAGGAAAGUCCGCGUUCUACCACAAAAGAAACACUUGGCGCCCGUUUGGUUGAUGUUUGAAUACCCGGAUAGCUCGAUAUGGGCUGCUAUGCUGGCGUUUGUCUCUGUAUCUUUCAUUCUGUUGUCAAUCGCUUCCAUUUGCACGGAAAGUUUUCCCCAGUUCAGACUCAUGAAGACAACGAAAGCUGACCAACUGGACAGGUCAAAUCUCAGUGGACAUCUGGCAAAAAGGACACUCCCAGGAAAGCUCGUCGGGACACUGUGCGCUUUCGCUGGCAUGUUGGCCAUCGCCUUGCCCGUGCCGAUCAUAGUAUCAAACUUCGAACUUCUCUACAACAUACAACCUGACGAUGAGGAUUUGUACGGAAGCGAGGAAGAGGUUGAACCGGAUGUGGUCUCGUCCACUAGUGACGGGGGGUACCAGAGUGGGUCACUUUGUACGGAGCAGUUGGAAUCGCCCAAACGGGUUGUACCAUGCUCCAAUCACAGCGAAGCAGACGAUAUUUCUGUGAUUAGAUCAGAAGAGGAACAGCAAAUCGGCCGUCUACAAUUUGAGACUGUUAUAUGA